AUGAGUUUCAUCCGUCCUCAUCCGUUGGUGGCGGAGGACAAAGACGAAGGUUCAAAAGGCAAAGUGGUCUACGAACUGGUUGGCGGCAACGAGCAAGGCUUCUUCAUUCUGGAAUCAGACACUGGAUGGAUCUACCUCGAGAAGCAGUUCUCCUCUUUUGGCCCGAGUGCUGUUCUCACCGAUGCUUCUGGUGCUGCCCCAAUGGGAGUACCGAUGUCCAGCUUUGGGAGUAUCGGUACCAACGAUUCUCUCAGUGGAGCCUCUACCGCAGCACGCAUUGGAUCGGAGGCCAGUCGUCUGCGUCAGCCGAUACAGGAAUUUCGCCUCUACUUCCGUGCUUUGGAUCAAGGAGAGCCGCCCAAAACGGCGACUACCUACCUUUUGCUCCGAGUCCUGCCGAUAUUUCUCUACCCCAACGGACUCGGCCGACCCGGCUCCGAGGCCUCAGCACUGACCACCCUGACCGGCAGGAGUCAAGCUGGCCGGCCCGACUCAUCGACGUCAGUCUCAGCCUCUACCUUCAUGGCCGGUUCACUGGAGCGCAACGCUGCCAGCAUUUCGGGCUUCUCCGACCUGGCGCAUCCGAUGUCCACAACCGCUGCGGCUGCAGCCGUUGCUGCUGCCGCCUGGGAUGGGGAGACUAGGUCGGGUCAAAAUGGUCCAGAAGGUGGCAGUUGGGUGAGUCGAGGCAGUACAGGCUCAGAUGACAAUCAGCUCGCCUCUUCCGACUUCCUGGUUCUCAUCGCCAUGAUCGUCACAACAAUGGCAGCACUUUUGUUGAUAGUUGCUAUGAUGGCAGUGAUACGUUGCCGACGCCUUCACCACCAACAGACCCAACAACAGACUGGACAACUGUCAGGAUCUGCGGGACAGUUGAUGAACAGGCCAACCGAGGCUGCGAAGCUGCAACAAUUGACACAGACGAGUGCAGGAGCAGGAUUUCUGUAUGUACCCGGACCCAACGACAGUGUGACGGCUGCAUCGGUCCCGUGUGGUAGCGUCUAUCUGGAGGCGAGUGGAAACGGCCAGUUGACCGGCAGCAUGUUUGAUUCUGCCUAUCCCAGCGAAAAGAUUUGCAGACCAGAACACACAGUUCAGGGCACCUCUGCAGGUCUUAUGAUGCUGAGUCAGCCGAUGAACGCCGACUGUUUAACGUUGCUAAGAACGCCAAACUUUGCGCAAUCGGGUAUGGACGCGGCUGAGUCGAACGCCGGCGCCAAAAGUCAGGUACAAGACUCAAACCUUUGGCAACGUAGUGGUCUCUGGCGUACUUGUCUGCCGACGGUAGGUCGAGGCGAGCUGUCGAAUGGCCCCGGUGGAUUAGGCAUGUCAAGACCGGCCCGAAAAGGACACAGAAGAGGGUGUAAAAGUGGAAAUAGAGGACAAGGCGGCGUCCGUCGCAGAUUGGGAGGUUUGGAAAAAGCCAAAGCAGGCAAAGGAUACACGCUCAAUCUGCAUGGCGGAAUUCUACAGGAGAAUCUGAACAAUUUGAACAUGAGUGGAGAAAAAACUAUUAGCAGAUUGGAUGGAAUUAGACUUGAAGACCCCUACGCCGUCCAUGCUCUGGUGUACAAUUCAGGUGAGUCGAUUUCGAUUAAGCUCUUUAGGCAGAAACAAUACCAACCGGAUGACGAAAGUGAAGCCAAUUAA